CUUCACAUCCCUCAUCCUUUUCCUAUUUCAGUCUUCAGUCUCUGCUCUCUGCUUUUUUUCUUCUUCAACUAAAUUAGCUACCUCUUUGUUUUGUCUGUCAUCAGCUUCUACUUCACACUCAUAAGAUAGGCCUUUGUCCUUCUAUUUCAAGGCAAAAUUGUAUUACCCUACAAAACUGGGGUUACUGCAUACUGUUGGGGGUUGCGUUGGUCCAACGAAGAUCAGACACGUGGCAAGCAUGAAGGAGAAUGGCAGCAGCAGGAAACAAGGUGCACCCUCGCCCUGUGCAGCAUGCAAGCUUCUCAGAAGAAGGUGUGCUCAGGAUUGUGUGUUCGCUCCCUAUUUUCCUGCGGAUGAGCCCCAAAAGUUUGCUAAUGUUCACAAAGUGUUUGGUGCCAGCAAUGUCAACAAGAUGUUGCAGGAGCUGCCAGAGCACCAGAGAGGAGAUGCAGUUAGUAGCAUGGUGUAUGAAGCAAAUGCCAGGGUGCGAGACCCAGUUUAUGGGUGCGUUGGGGCAAUUUCAUCUUUACAACAACAAAUUGAUGUGCUUCAAACCCAACUGGCUCUGGCUCAGGCAGAGGUGGUGCACCUCAAAGUGCGUCAGACUGCAUCAUUCUCCAACCAUGGGUUAAGUCCGGCUAGCCCAAGUAAUAGCAGGUCACCCUCAUCUAAGUUCAUGGGCUCUCAGGCCCGACCUAUUUUCGACAUGGAUAUGAUGGUGGACCAUACCAGCUUGGGAAUGGGAGAGUCCAUGUGGUCAUGCUAAGCUUAAUUAAUUACUAUAAUCUAGAGAGUAAUUAGCUUUGGACUUGGAUCCUCUCCUGAGGCCAAGGAGAGGAUUUUCCUGACCAAAGAUCUUAGACCAUUGGAUGAAAGUUAUAAUUAUUAUACCUUUAUAGGAAUCCCUCUAUUUGUAGCCGUUGAAUAAAAAUCCAACAGUCCAAGAUCUUUGAUGAGGAGGAUCCUCUCCUUAGGCUCAGGAAAGGAUCCAAGUCCAUUAGCUUUGGUCAUCAUGCCUGGGUAAACCUCGGGACGCUUACAAUAGUUAAAGCGGUGGCGGUGAUGGUGACAGUGACAGAGACCAAGGCGAUUCGACCGCUUAGUUUGAGAUGGGUUUUCCAUUAGUAACUGGAUUGUAAAUAUUAGUUUAACUUAUCGAUAUAUAUAUUGGGUAAUCAUAUAUUGUCUUGUGGGACUUUUUAUAUUUGCUCCAAGCGACUUGAUGACUUUUGGAUGUGUGAAUCCACCAAACAUAUUGGUAGUUUGGAAACAAAAUUGGGAAGAGGACUGUAGUAGGAUUUGCAGAUUAUGGAGCAGUAAAUGUAUGAAAUAUUAUUAAAAAAAUAGUUAAUUUCCUCCUA